AUCGUUGAAUUCAAUGACCGGACACUGGAGUCAAGCGAUAAGAUGCUGUCGAGUGGCAAAUGGGAAGACGUUGUCUGCUAUAAGAAAAAUCGCGUUUUGUGCCAGAAAUACGUUGAAUUGAAUCACAUAUCUGUGAAGAAAGCACUUUUCAAAACUCAAACACAAUUGAAUUUUAUCACAAAAGCCUUCAAUGAAUUUCGACAGAGAAGUGAAGAGUUGUUUCACCGAAAACUCAACAAUUUUGAAGAAGAAUUUCAUUUAUUUCAAGAAAAAACCAAAUAUAUUGAGUCUAAAUUGGAGGUCAUUAACAACAAAACUGAUAUAUCAUUGAGAGAGACGGCGGCCGCAGAGUUUUACAUAAGAGAGUUUAUCGAUAAUCCGGUGCCGUUAGGUUUUGUUUACGUGCAAUUGCCGGGACAGCCCGAGCCCAGCGUCUUAUGGCCAGCAGUCCAGUGGUCAAACAUUACCGACACUUAUGGCGGGCUAUUCUUCCGGGUGUUUGGCAACAGUUCUGAUCCGUUCUCUGAGAUCCAAGAGGACAGUGCGCCCAGACUUACGGCUGUUGUAUCGCAAGUGAAACAAAAGUCAGGAAAUCGUAAUUUCAAUGAACAGUUGCGACCGAACGACAAAUGGAGUAAAGAUUUGUACACCGGUUCUGAUGGCGGAGACGACAACUAUUACAUGUCUUUUAAAUUAUCUUCCGGUGAAGUGAGGCCUAGAAAUACAGCCGUUUAUAUAUGGAAACGAACCAAAUAG